UCGCGCGUGCUACCGUGAAAAAGUUCCGCCGCCCAUUAACAGAUGGCGCUAAAAACUAUAAUACGUGUUCCGAAAUACAGAUGGCGUGUGCAAGUGUAAAGUGCGGAUGACAGUAGAUGGCGCUGUCGUAUAUGAGAAGUGUAGUGUUUUGUACAGUGUAGUGGGUUAUAGUUUUAUUAGUGAUUUAGUGCUUGUGAGAUGCGAGACGGGUCCAGGCCAGGGCCGAGUGGUGCCUCUGCGGGGCAUGGUUUUGAUAAAGAUGAUGAAGGUUCCUCAACCGAAGACUGCAGCUAUGAGGAGUUGAUGUCCUUGAAGGAACUGCUCCAUUUUCCUGAAGAAGUAGCUCUCAGACUCACCGACACGGAAUACCAGUUGUUUUACCAAGUACCCCCAAUCGACUACCUCCGCCAAGUAACCUUAGACCUCGGUGGUUCCUGCGCGCUGGGUUCAGCGGCCGAGCGCCCAGUUAUACGCAGGGCCCCGCCCACAAGAGCGCAGCAAGCUACGCGCACUGUCCGCGCGCUUAUACACCGGUUCAACGAGGUAUCAGCGUGGGUGACAGAGCUGGUCUUGUCACAAGCAGCUGAAGAUCGGAAGGCGGCGUUGGCUUGCGUCUUACGAGUCGCCCUGACUUGUUGGAAUAUUGGCAAUUUCAACGGCGCUAUGGAAAUCGUUGCUGGGCUAAAAUCCACAAAACUGAAGUCCUUCUGGACGUCAGUGUCUGACGAGCCGCUGCCAGCCCUGGACUUCCUGUCAGCUGCGCUGCUCUCAGCGGAAUAUGAGCGGGCGCUGGGAAGAGCGCUUGCUAUGCCUGAGUGCCGACUGGUGCCUUUCUUUGGAGCCUUCCUUCGAGAAUUAAGAGAGAUCCUGGCCGCGAGUCCGUCUCUCACUGGGGCCCAUUCUGUGGCCCAAACCCCCACACACCACAGGAGGGAGUUCAAGAGAGAAUCCACCAAAGACUCUGACAGAGGGUCCUUGAAACGGGACCCAACGAGAAGAGAAAGCGGAAAACGGAUAGACCAGGGGACCACGACUAGUCCAUUAAGGGACAGUGCCAAAAGGGACCCGCGAGCGAGCGAAGCGAGCAGACAAGUGUACAUAGCAUCAUUCGACGAGGAGGGGGAACAGACUCCCGGCUGGCGACGAGUCGGACCGGAAGGUCUACUAAACCUGGAGAAGGUCUACAGAACACAGGCCGUCAUGGACCACAUAGCUAGCUUUCAUCAACAUCAUUACGCACUGGCGAGGAACAAUACUCCUGUCUUUGGAGAUUAUUUGAGAGCAGCAAUAUCCUCAUGCGACGAGCCGGUCUUCUCUCAACCCUCGCACAAAACCAGCUGGUCUUUCGAGAACGAGGCCUUAUACGAGUUGGAGGGGGGAGGGUACUGCCCUGUCCAACCUUUGCCCCACGAUCACGGAGUCACCAUGUUUCCUUUGCAACCACAGCAUGGAGUGUGUAUGGACCGUCAUGUUCUACAGAUAAUGCAUCAUGGAACAGCGUGUGUGGUGGGGGACGCUGAGUGGGGCGGCACUGUCGCGCAAUUACGGUUAGAGCGCGCAUGCGCGAUCCUCGCGUGGUGCAGGACACAGCAUAGGCCUCAUGUUAGCCAUGGAGAAACCCCAUCAGAAAAUGUGCAGCAGGCAGAAGUGAGCUUAUCAUACAACCCCGAGGAGGUCAUACCUCUCAAGUAUACGGCGAAUCUUGCGCAUGAGAAUGAGGCAGGCAUUGUGGGGGAGGAAGGUUUCAUCGACCUACAAUGCGUGAAAGACAUGCGUCUAAACGGCAAGCUACUAGAACCUAGGGACUUGGCAGAACUGGCGCACACGGCUCGACGUUUCGGCCUCGACUCCGUGCACGGCACGCAUGUUAUAUCACUUGUUUAUGGGAGGACGUUAAGCGACAACCGGACAGUGCAUUUUAUGCUACCAGCUUAUUUGUAUAGGGUAUGGGCAGUGGGUCUCCACGCCGUCAUCCGAGCCCUCAUGAGCCAGGCCAAGCUGGCUGACCGGAGUUUGGCCUGGCUGAAGAACAAAUACACGGCGUUGUAUUAUGAAGACGGGUGCUGUUGCGAACCGCUCGUCAGUGACGCUAUACGGGUGUUCGGUGGGCGAGAGUCGACGUAUGGUAGCUCAUCACACUCCACACCAGUCAAAGGGGCCUUUACAGAUUCACACUCCGACUCCAUUAGGAGUUCGGGGAUUAAAUUUAAGAAAAACAAAUCAGCCUCUGAACUAAAGACCAGUUCACCUAAAAGUUACGGGUCUACGCACACCUCGGGGACGAGAAGCGAAGACGAAGUGGUCAUACAAGGGUCGCCAAGACAUAGUUCAUACUCGGCAGCCAUGAGUCAACAUCACCCCGCUGCACCGCGGCACAGCAGUCUCACUGCCGCCGCCACUAGUAUAAUGGGGGGCUCCCCUAAUAGGAGUAGUUUACGAAGACUGGAAACGAGUGAGAGGUUCUGGGAGAACCUGAAGCAUCUGCGGACGGGGUCCGUAGGCUAUGACACGCAACUGGACUUUAUGGACUUCGUUGCACUGUUUCGAAGUUUUAGUUUGGUAAUGAGGUCAGAACUGAGAGACGUUUUCGAGCAACUUGCAGUGCCUCGAGCGCGGUCGCCCCUCCUUGCCGAGAAAAGCCGAAGCUCUCCCGAACUGUUCCGAAGCAAAACCGCCUUUAGGACAGGUCUUUUAACAAGAAAUGGCUCAUUAGACCUGGAGCCGCCUAGCGACAAAGCAGCGAGGAAAAAAGCCUUCGAUCUUCUCGCUGCUGCCGCCUUACCAGGAAAUACUUGCCCAGACGUGGGUGGGAGAGUGCUAUCACUGCCUACCCUCGGCAAAUUCUGCGAGACCAGACAAAGCGAACCAAAGACUGAACAACAACUUAAGGAUAUUAUUCAGAGACACGAGCCAGACCCCACGUUAAGAGCCGAGAACUGCCUUUCAUUCGAAGGCUUCGUUCGAUUCCUGACUGACAAAGACAACUACGCAUUCGUGCCUGAACAGAGGAGGAAUAACUUCUCCGCAAAACCUUCAGAAGACGAGGACCAAAGCAGAGAACAAGCCAAAGAGAUGUCGGGGCCUCUUAGCCAGUACUACAUCGCAAGCAGUCAUAAUACCUACCUCACAGGACACCAACUAAAAGGAGAAUCUUCAGUCGAGUUGUAUAGCCAGGUAUUGCUGACAGGAUGCCGCUGCGUCGAACUGGAUUGCUGGGAUGGCGACGACGGCAGUCCAGUUAUUUAUCAUGGGCACACAUUUACCACAAAAAUUCCAUUUCGAAGAGUCGUCGAAACAAUCGAAAGGAGUGCAUUCAUCGCUUCGCCGUACCCUCUGAUAUUGAGCAUAGAAAACCACUGCAGUUUGCCACAACAACAGGUCAUGGCUAGCACAUUUGAGGCAGUGUUCGGAGACAAGUUGGUGACAUCGUUCCUUUUCGAAGUCGACUACACGGACGAACCCAGACUUCCAAGCCCGGAGCAGCUCAAAUAUAAGGUACUAAUAAAGAAUAAGAAGCUUCUCCCAAUGGAGUCAAGUCCCACUGUUGGGCUGACCGGAGCCAGCUCUGCCCAAGGAUACGGAGGUGUCUUAGCAACUGCAUUUAGCAGGUCAAACGGUAUCCGGCAUACAAGCUCAUCUCUUCCUGAGCAAGGGGUCCGGAAUAGCUCAUUAUCUCAGCAGUCCGGAAGCAGUUUAGCUGAAUACUUCUCAGACGAGGACUAUGAUGAUGAUGAGGAGUUAGACGAUAAAGAGCUCCACAAAAUCCUUAACUCUAUGGAAGAGAAAUGCGGACGGGCGUCUCUAUCGCUAUACAGGAGUCUUCGACCAGACACGAAGCAAAGCAGUGCUGCUAGGAAACGGAGUAACCAGAUCGCUAAAGAACUUAGUGACAUGGUGACUUAUGUUCAGGCUAUAAAGUUUCGUGGCCUCAACCCCCUAUCGCCUAGGAGUUCCGUCAAGCAGGCUAGCAAAGACAGUGCUCCCUGCAGCAGCUUCGAGUCUUCGGAAAGCAGUGAUAGUACCGGAACGCAACAGUUGGCAGUAACCAGAGCCCGUUGCCUCAACGCACCAGCGUUACACCACCCCUGCUACCGCUGUAGCUCCGUCAACGAAGCUAUAGGCAAGAAGAUCUGUCGGAAACACCCGCUCGCUUUAGUCGCACAUACGGAGACUCAACUCGUCCGGACUUACCCCGCCGGCCUAAGAAUAGACUCAUCCAACCUCGAUCCUGUCACCUUCUGGUGCUGCGGUGUCCAACUGGUAGCCCUGAACUACCAAACAGAAGACGCAGCGAUGGCUGUCAACGCAGCUAUGUUUGAGAGCAACGGUUGCGUAGGCUAUGUGAAGAAACCAGCUGUUAUGUGGGACCCAACCCAUAUAGCGUAUAGGAGAUUCAAUCCAAUGGAGAAAGAAUUCGACGGCAUCCACGCAGCCCACCUCACCCUAUCAGUUAUAUCCGGGCAAUAUGUCGCCGAAAAUGUCUACUCAUUCUACAAUGCCUUCGUCGAAGUUGAAGUAUUGGGUGUGCCCGCUGACUGUAGGAAGUUACGGACAAGGGCGGCUAGGAGGAACGCUUUGAAUCCUGUGUGGCAUGAUACUUUUAAUUUUAAGAUCAACUUUCCAGAGCUAGCAUUUAUACGAUUCGAAGUUUACGACGCUGACACAAAUUACAUGCUCUCCCAAAGAGUGAUACCACUAACGUGCCUUCGCCCUGGCUAUCGUCAUGUGCGAUUACGAUCACCAACAAACCAGUCUCUCAACAUGGCAUCCCUCCUGAUUUUCUCUCGCUGCGGAGAAGAAGAGGCGGGAGAAAGUUCCAGAACUGAUCUGGAGGAACCACGAUCUCCUCAACAGCGGAGGAAGAUACACUUCCUGGUGGUUCAUGCUGUUAGAAGACGGGAGCCGUACUCUAUAUUGAAGGUCACACAAGACACUACUACUAAUGAGGCAAUAGCCCAAUGCCUAACCAAGGCCGGCGUCUGCCGCACCUCUCGAGGCAACUACGUCCUUGUAGAAGAGGUCCCAUCAAGAACUCCAACUCAAAGAGUACUAGCACCUCAUGAAAGGGUCAUGAGGGCUGCCGCCAGCAGACCAGGGGCUAGGUUACUGUUGAAGAAAGUUGGUGACGACCCUAGCAGUCGAGCUUGGCUUACUAGCAUCAGAUCCAACUCCAACGAGCGACCAGCAGCGCGCACCUCGUCUCCUCCAGGGGAGGAGGAACCUCGGAAACCGCCGGACAGCUUCCUAGUGUGUGUCCAUAACGUCUCUCACGAGAUACCUUAUGCUAUCCUCAAGGUGCCUUUAAACGCGACUGCGUCCUACGUCGUGUACCAAGCAUUGACGAAAGCGCGGUGUCAAGACGACCCAAAGAGAUUCGUGUUGGUAGAAGAAUUGGAAUGGGGUGGACGAGCCAGCGCGGGGCCGCAACAACGAGCAUUGGCUGACGAUGAAGUGGUCUACACUGCACAGGCUGGCUGGAAGACCCUAGGCCGUUUCGUCCUCCAAGAAAAGGGCAGUACCGCCCCCAUCCCAAGACAUCGCGCCGCCAUCGCAAGAAUACAGCGUGGACUUAGCAUCACACGGGGAGCUAUAACAGGCACCUCUCCCUUCCCGCUAGGAGGAGGUUUCAUGUCGACAGAAGCGACAGAAGUGAAGCAACCUGUUCAAGCGGCAUACAGCGACCCUUCUCACUGCCGGAGAGUAUCAUCUACACCUUUAGGCAAAGGCAUCGGACGGGCGAAAGGGCAUUCUGAAAAAGAUGUCCGCUCAUUCAUGCAAAGACGGGCUGCCUCAAGAGAGGUCCACUCUGAAGGCGAGACCCAAGGUGGGUCCUUAGGAGCAGAGGCGCUGGCGGCGCAAGUGGCUCGUUUCAAGAGAGUCUCUUUAAGGAAACUACGGGCCUGGCGAUCCUGAGUGUGGCAGGUGUUCCGUCGCCUCGGUUCCAGCCUCGCCCACCACCGCGCCUCGCUCUCCUCCGAACUGGGUUCCUUAUGGGACUUCCUCCGCGUGGACCGCGACCGCGACCGCCGCCGCUCCGCGCCCGCCGCCUACGAACCUGUCGACUCCCGCUCCCCCGCCAGGUUAGCCCGCGACCUCUUGCAGGUCAUCCAGGAUACUGUCUUCAAGAAGAUCGACGAACCUAAGAAAUGUCCACUGGUCAAAGAAGAAUCCGACUUGACCAACUCCGAUGAUGACGAUGGCACGGAACGACGAAUCGCUAAUCUGAUAGACUUCUUCUUCACUAUAGUUAAAAGUCAAAAAGACGGUAGAAAAGACAGCGGAGGCAGCUGCUUUAGAAGUGAAGUCAGCCCUACUGAAGAUAAGAUCUUAAAUAUUUACGCUCCCAGCAAAGUGAAUACAGAAUUGGAGCAGAAGAUGGAGACUCUAAUGGAGUUCCUAGCUACUACCGGUUGUAUGGAUGAGGAAAUUGUUAAAGAUGAUAAGAAAAUUACUCUUAUGGAGUUCCUCUUCGGUCCUGAUGAUAGGAAACUUGAGAGACCUAUUA